GUUUCUGCCUGGAGUAUAUCACCACUUGUUGCUCACUGGACACUCUCACUAAAAUCCCAUAAUUUAUUUUUCUAGGAAUUACAUUUAUUUGUAAGUGUAAUGACAGGCUGCCUGGUAACUUUUUAUUUUCUGCUUUUAUUUUAAUUUUUUUGGUGGAUUCACCUAAUAAUAUUCCGUUCCUGCAUUGGUUGUGAAAGCAUGGCCUGGUUCAUCGUCAACGUCAGUAACGCCACUUUGGGGAGUGCGCUCUCUGGGGACGAGCCGCGGGAUAAGCGCUUGGCUCAAGUGAAGAUCGCUCUUCUGUCCAUCAUCUUCAUCACCGCUGGAAUCCUUAACUUCGGGCUCUUGUUGGUGCUUUGGAAGCGGAGGAAGCGGCUCUCGCGCAUGCGCGUCUUCGUUUUCCAACUGUGCGUCGCCGACCUGGUGGUCACAUUCUUCCAAGUGUGUCCCCAACUCAUGUGGGACAUCACCGACCGAUUCGUGGGGCCGGACGUCUUGUGUCGCGCAGUGAAGUACCUGCAGGUGGUCGGGAUGUUCGCCUCCAGCUACAUGGUCGUAGUGAUGACUCUCGACCGGCAUCAAGCCAUCUGUAACCCCAUGGUGACUUUCCAAAGGCGCAGGGCGCACUGGAACGGCCCGGUGUGCGCCGCCUGGUGCGUCUCCUUCAUCGGAAGCCUGCCGCAGAUCUUCAUCUUCUCCCGGGUCGAGGUCGCCCCCGGCGUGUACGACUGCUGGGCGCAGUUCGUCAAGCCGUGGGGACCGAGAGCCUACGUGACCUGGACGACUCUGGUGAUAUUCGUCCUGCCCCUCCUCGCGGUGAUCGUGUGCCAGGUGCGCAUCUGCCGCAUCGUGCGCGUCAACUUCCACAUGAAGACGCAGCAGGUCACGGGCCAGCCGCCGUCCUCCAGGGCCAGCAGCGUGGCAGGGGUGUCCAAGGCGAGGGUGAAGACGGUGAAGAUGACCGUGGUCAUCGUGCUCGCCUACGUCGUCUGCUGGACGCCUUUCUUCACCGUGCAGCUCUGGUCCGUCUGGGACACGGAGGCGCCCACUCAUACUGCAACCUUCGCCAUCUUGAUGCUGCUGGCCAGUCUAAACAGCUGCGCGAACCCCUGCAUUUACCUGCUGUUCAGUGGGAAGCUGCCCAAGACACUCAAGUCCCUGACGUGUGUGCGUCACACACAGGAGUCCACCCAGGAGGAGGGCACCAUGGUCAGCUUCCUUUACUGAGUCCGCCGGCCUGGUACAAGUGAAACCAAUACAUAUUGGAUACAGACGCUGCCAUAUUUCUUUGUUGACGUCAUUUGGAGUCAGAGUCUGCACAGUUACCGCGGUACAGAGGUCACGCACAAACGCAUCUGCUGCGUCUACCACUUUGGUAACUAUUAGGCACAGCAAAAAUAUAUCUAGAAAUAUAUAUUUAUGAUCAAAUGGAAGCUUAUGACACCAACUCUUUGAGCGUUGAGUAUGAUACGGUUGUUAUAGAGUCACUCUUACAGAACCGAUACUGUUACAUAAAUUAAAUAAUCUGUCGAUGGGUUGGGCGACCAAUCUGGUCCAGCAUGAAAUGUCUCAACAGCUACUGGAUGGAUUGCCAUGAGAUGUUUUACAGACAUUCAGGUUCCCAAGAGGAUGAAUCCAGACAACAGUGAUGAUCUCCUUGAUUUCUUUCUGUAGCGCCACCAACAGGUCCAGUUUUCCCUUAUCCAAUGGAGUGCGAUGGGUUGGUAUACAAUGUAAAGACAUUCGUGGUUCCCAGAGGAACUCGGUUGAUGCCCAAACGUCUCCUUCAGCAGCAAUAUGAGGGAAAUGUCUCGACAACUAUUGGAUGGAUUGCCACGGAAUUUGUCUCAGGCUUCAUAUGAUACCCAGAGGAUGAUUCUAAUUACUUUGGUGACCCCCUAACUUCCCCUCUAUAAGCAUCAUGAGAUCACAUUUUUUAUUUUUCCAUUUAGUUUUUUGGGGUUUAUGACCAAAUACCAGCAAAACUAGGGACAUUCCCAGCAGCCUGUACUUUGUGUUUGAGUUCUAGUUAGAAAAAUAAUUAAUAAUUUUAUUUGGGAGCCAAAGGACAAUAUGGAUUAGACAGAUUUAGCUGAAAGACGAAUAUUAACUAGAAUCAUUGAAUGGACCAAACAACUGCAUAAAAGUUAUUACGUUUGUUACGUUGCAUGUAAUCCUUUUUGGCAACGGUUCAUGUAACUGUGCCGUGUAAUAUGAAAGUGUUGUUUAUCCUGUAAAUAUGCAAUAUAUUCACAUGUAGUGGUAUAUCCUUUGAAUGUGAUUCUUCAGUGUGUAUAUGAUCAUAUGUACAGUAUGUUAAUGCUAGAUAUCUGUUGGUUAUUGGUUUAAAGAGUCAGUUAUCACACAACAGAUGGGCCUCUGUUAAAAUCUUCAAAUAAGUACAAUGCUCGGCUAUCAAUGUCACAACAUGUUUACAUUAUUAAAAUACUUUAAUACGGAGUGAUGAUCUCUGAGGUGUUGGCAAAUAAACUGACCUUUCACA